AUGGCCUACCUACUCACCUUCGGCAUCGUGGCCGCCCUAUUCCUGGCCAGCAUCUCACUGUACCGCUAUGGCAACAUACCACGUCAGCACAUCCUGGUCACCUUGUCCGUGCUGACCGCCUGGUGCUUCUCCUUCCUGAUUGUCUUCACCAUUCCGCUGGACGUCACAUCGACACUUUACCGCCAAUGUGUGGAGGAGCACCGACCAACUCCGGCCCCAACUUUGAACGCCACUACGGCCGCCAACGUGACCCCUUCGCCGCCCCCUCAAUGCCAGGAGCCGUGGGGCAUGGUGCCCGCCUCCGUGUUCCCCAACCUGUGGCGCAUCAUCUACUGGAGCUCGCAGUUCCUCACCUGGUUGAUCAUGCCGCUGAUGCAGUCGUACCUCAAGGCGGGCGACUUCACCGUCAAGGGCAAGCUGAAGUCGGCCCUGAUCGAGAAUGCCAUUUACUAUGGCUCUUACCUGUUCAUCUGCGGCGUACUCCUGAUCUACAUAGCCGUGAAAGGCGAGUCGCUGGACUGGCAGAAGCUGAAGGCCAUCGCCUCAUCGGCUUCAAACACCUGGGGCCUGUUUCUGCUCAUCCUGCUACUGGGCUACGCUCUGGUGGAGGUUCCCCGCUCGCUGUGGAACAAUGCCAAACCGGGAUUCGCGCUGCAAUACGCCUACUUCAAGGCGGCCAAACUGAGCACUGAGAAGGCGGAGGCCGAGGAGCAUGUGGACGACAUUCUGGAGUCGCUGCAAGGCCUCAGUCGCGUCAUACCGAACAACCACGAGCUGCGCCCUUGCCUGGAGACCAUCAUGCGGAAGGUGCCCAUCGAGCUGCAGGAGCGGGCUAGCCGAAACUUUGCCCGCACCGGAGGCAGCGGAAUGGGGGCAACCAGCUCCACAAUCUUGCCAUCGGAAAAGGCGCUGGUUCGCAUUCACAAGCAAGUAAUCAAAUCCCUGCAGACGCUGCAACGCACCGAGGCGCUGUGGAGCGUGCAGGUGCAGACGGUGCUGCACCUGGAGGAUGUGGCCAGGAACAUUCACUCCUCGGAGCGGCGCUUCAAAUCGGAAUUCCCGCGGCAGCGAACGCAGCUGGAGAGGAUGUGCUACAGUGCCUCGGUGCAGUGGUACUGGGAGUGCCUGCUACGGGCGCCCUUCCUCAAGACCAUGUGCAUCCUCACGGCCACCAUGUCGGCCAUGGUGGUGUGGAGUGAGCUCACCUUCUUCAGCCGCCACCCCGUGCUCUCCAUAUUCGCCAAUGUGAUCUACGUGGCCAAGGAGAGCUACGACUUCUUCACCAUCGAGGUCUUUUCCAUGGUGGUUCUCUGCUACUUUUUCUACUGUACUUAUUCGACGAUCCUGAGGAUUCGUUUCCUCAAUCUUUACUAUCUGGCACCGCACCACCAGACCAACGAGCACAGCCUGAUCUUCAGUGGCAUGCUGCUCUGUCGGCUGACGCCGCCCAUGUGCCUCAACUUCCUGGGCCUGAUCCACAUGGACACACACAUUAUUCCCAAUCGCAUCAUGGAGACGGUCUACACCCAGAUCAUGGGCCACAUGGACGUCAUUGGCAUCAUCUCGAACGGCUUUAACAUUUACUUCCCCAUGUGCAUGCUGGCCUUCUGCCUGGCCACCUGGUUUAGCCUGGGCAGCAGGGCCUUGAAUGCCCUUGGUUUCCAGCAGUUCCUGCAGAACGAGACGAUAGCCACUGAGCUGGUGCAGGAGGGCAAGGACUUGAUAGCCCGCGAGAAACGGCGACGCCAGCGAGCGGAGGAGGCGAUGGCCAGGCGGCGGGACUUCAACCGACCCGACCAGGCACUCGGCAGCGAUUACUUGAGCAAGUACCGAAGUGGAGGAGGCGGAGGAGGAGGAGCAGGUGGUGCCCUGGCCAGCAGUCGAACGCCAGCGGAUGGGCUGCUUCGCGAUGGCGAUGGGAGCUUUGACUAUGCGGCGGUGGCCUCCUCCUCGGCCCUAGGCGUUCCACGUUCCCUUUCCGAGGAGAUCAACGACCGGUUCGGGGUGAGCACCCAGGUCCAGGUGGGCUUCCGGGAUCCCGACUACGAGGCGGAGCAGACCGAUGGCCGCAUUGUGGGCCCCCCACCCCGAGGACUCUUCGACGAUGUCUAGGCUAAAAAAGAUAUCUCUUUAUUUCAAUUCGUAACCGAGUAUCUCAGCGUCUGCAAUGUUCCGUAGUAUAUGUAUAUUUCGUUUCGUGCUUAAGUGUUUUCCGCUGCCACUGCUGCUGCUGCUGUUCCUUUACACACCUAUGUAAACACCUUUCGAUUGAAUAAACCACUAGAAAGGA